AUGGCUGGCAUCAAAUCAUUCGUGCUCGAACCCAACGAUGUCAUUGACCCCGGCACUGAAAGAGACAGCGAAGAGCCAGAUGCUAAUGAAAUAUCUGGUGUAGCGACCACACAAUCUCCGCAGGCACGGAAUUCUCCUGUACCUGUGCAGAAUGGCAAACCUACAUCUCCCUACGUCAAAGAAAGCAACCCAAUGGGCUCUGGUGCACCACAGACAAUCAUCUCGAAAGAUCCUAAAGCUGCUGCUCAAGCAGCCAGCGACAUGAGGAACGUUGUCAGGCGCAAGUUGACUGGCUAUGUUGGCUUUGCCAACUUGCCCAACCAAUGGCACAGAAAGAGUGUGAGAAAAGGUUUCAGCUUCAAUGUCAUGGUUGUCGGUGAAUCCGGACUAGGAAAAUCAACCCUGAUCAACACACUCUUCAACACAUCCCUAUAUCCUCCACGCGAGCGAAAAGGCCCAAGCCUCGAUAUUAUCCCCAAAACUGUGUCCAUUCAGUCGAUCAGUGCAGAUAUUGAAGAGAACGGCGUUCGGCUGCGACUGACAGUCGUCGAUACACCUGGCUUCGGUGAUUUUGUCAACAAUGAUGACUCUUGGAGACCUAUCGUCGAGAACAUCGAGCAGCGAUUUGACGCGUAUCUCGAGGCUGAGAACAAGGUGAACCGAAUGAACAUCAUCGACAAUCGUGUCCAUGCCUGUGUCUAUUUCAUCGAGCCAACCGGCCACUCCUUGAAGCCAUUGGACAUCGAAGUCAUGAGGAGGCUACAUACGAAGGUCAACCUCAUCCCGGUCAUUGCCAAAGCCGAUACCCUGACCGACGAGGAAGUCGCCAUGUUCAAACAGAGAAUCUUGGCAGAUAUCCAACACCAUUCCAUUCAAAUCUUCGAGGGCCCACGAUACGAGCUUGACGACGAAGAGACCAUUGCUGAGAACCAAGAGAUCAUGUCCAGAGUUCCUUUCGCCGUUGUGGGUGCCAACUACGAGGUCACCAACUCCGAGGGUCGAAAAGUUCGAGGCCGACGCUAUCCGUGGGGUAUCAUCGAGGUAGACAACGAAGACCAUUGUGACUUCGUCAAGCUUAGACAGAUGCUUAUUCGAACGCACAUGGAAGAGUUGAAAGAACAUACCAACAACCAGCUCUACGAAAACUACAGAUCAGAUAAGCUGAUUCAAAUGGGUGUCUCCCAGGAUCCUAGUGUGUUCAAGGAGGUGAACCCAGCAGUAAAGCAAGAAGAAGAGCGCACACUCCAUGAGCAGAAACUGGCUAAGAUGGAAACCGAGAUGAAGAUGGUCUUCCAGCAGAAGGUGGCAGAAAAAGAGUCCAAGCUUCAACAAAGUGAAGAGGAACUCUUUGCUCGUCAUCGUGAGAUGAAGGAUCAGCUAGAGCGUCAAAGAGCAGAACUGGAAGAAAAGAAGCAGCGAAUCGAACAGGGUCGACCAAUUGAGGAGAAGGGCAAGAGGAAGGGAUUCUCGCUCCGAUAG